UUUGGUGUACGUCGUAGAGCUCGUUACAAAACGUGCGCUCGUUCGCGAAUUCGUAUCGAAGUAGUUGUUCGUUUGUACGUAAAUUGAGUGAAUAUAUCAGGAAGUUAGAAGCCGUGUAAUAAUGCAAUCCUUUCGAACACCUUGAAUUGUUUAACUGUCACGAAAGACGGGUGCAAGUUAUUUCGCGAACCGACUUGUCUCGUGCGCUUCUUGUUCUUUUUUUUGCUGUUCGUUGAGAUUUUUAUAUUAUCUAGUUUUUCGGUUUUUUUGUGUAUUGAUCUUUGUGAAAUGUGUUGUGAUAUAUAAUGAGUAAAAUUGUUAUCCUGUUGGAACUUACAAGCGGAUUAUUACAAUUGCCGAAUCGGUGGUAGAAACGGCUAGCAGUCUAUGGAAGAGCCUCCAGGACGAAAAAGAGGCGAAAACGGCGGCGGCGACCAGGUGGGGUGGACGACUCCCUCCUCUGGGGAGCAUUUCACAACCACAACUAACGCCGAAAAGCCUCAGGAGGCAGAAGUGAUGUGGUCCAUGGACGCCUCUGCUGGUAUGGAGUGCGACUGUCCUGGACCACCGCCUCCUAGGUUUAUGCUACCGCCACCCCCGAGGCCGCCGUCUCUGCAACCGGACAAUCCUCUGUUCUGCUCUGAGGAUUCGCUACCAGUCGAAACAUGCGAAGCUUUGCCGCUCAUCGACGCGAGCUAUCGGAGCAGCCCAUCAUUUCAGACAUCGGCUGUGAUAGUCCUGUGCUCUGUACUCCUUGGACUUGCUGUUUUUAUCGGCGUCAUCCUUGUGUGGAAGCACAAACGGAAAGUACAAAAUUUCCUUCCUUGUAAAACAUCGCCUCAAAACAACUGUGAUCCUCCCAACGCUCCGGGUGUCAUUUACGAAGACCUCCACGACGUGAUGCCCCGUCCCACGCCCACGCACCAUCACGCAUCUGGCGGACACAUCGUUGCUCCAUCAAUCGAGAUGAUCGACGUAAAGCAUGGUGUACAUUAUCCUAGUGGUUACCCUAUGUCUCAGCACCCGCCAGUAUUCCUGUGUUCGUCUCCAGGUCCGGACCCGUACUGCUCCCAAGACCUGUACAAUCCCGUCUACGAAGAACUGAGCGACGCCGAAAGCGAAAUCACCCCGACGCAUCAUAGCGAAGACGAGUUCGCCGAAGACGAGCUCAGUCUAGGCGACCACGCCGAACGUCAUCUAAACAUUCCACCACCUCCCUAUAGGCCGGCUCCUACGUCGUCGGCGCGACGAGAGGCCUCGAGGUUUCGGCGACCGCAAGAACCACUACCGCCCGUGCCGGGCAGCAAACGGAAUCGUAGCUUGGAUCGGCAACGCAGACAUGAGUUUCACGAAGGUAUGUUGUUAGACGCACUUUUGCAACUCUAUCCGCGAGUGGGCAGUGUAGAACCUCCGUCACGGAGACAGGUCGUUCCUAGUAUAACGCAAAGGCUUCAGUGUUUGCAACAGACUCCAUCACCGUACGAGACUGUGCCCGUUUUAGGACAUUUAGCGACUUUUCGUCCUGUGCCCAAACCGUAUUCUCAGGACUCGGCGUUCGGAUCGGACUCGGGCUAUAGCAAUCACACGUGUGGCACGCGCGGAUCCAAGCGAAGCAAAGUGGAUCCGCGACGGUUAUCACAACUUAGUGCGGACUUGAAUCUGACUUAAUAAAAUUCCUGUGACUAAACGUGCAUUUCUAGCAUAUUUAUACGUAUUUAUAAAGACGUCGUCCUCUUUUAGGUAAAAUACACAAUCACUUUCGGCUAUAUGCCUAAAUAUUUCUUUUUGUCAUGAAAUAUCCCAGCGACUAAAUAUAUUCAUAUCACAGAUUUAGAUAUUUCGACAUUUGUAAAUGGUAACGGUCGUUUAUUUAAUAAUUAGUAUGCUAAUCCAACCCAAGUUAAUCUAAUCUGAAUAAUCAUAAAAUAAUGAUUCAGUCACUAAAAAUACCAAGUAAUUUCCUUGCGGUAAUAUUUCAACCCUGUAAACAUAUAUAUUUUGUAGUUGGGAUACAUUAUCAGUGGAAUAUUUUCAAUGGAUUAUUUAAUCAUGUUACCUUACUUUCACACUCCGCCAUCUUUUAAUACGAUUGAGAUCAAACGGUAUCAAAUUAUUGAAAUUAAAGCGAAACAUAAAAAUUGCAGAAAAGAGAACAAAGACUGAUUUUCAUUAUUCAUUUGUAUCUAUUAAUUUCGUAAUUUAGUGAUCGUUUUCUUCAAAAGUUUAUUGAGAAUUAAUACAUAACAUUUCAUUCAUUGUACAAUGUACUUAAAAUAUUUUUUUUAUUUUUAUAAGUGUAACUGGUUCGUUCAUGUUAAAUUUCAAUAAUUUGAAACAUGUAAAGCAUCAUUAGGUAUAUAAAAAAAAUGAAAUAGCAAUAACCGUCAAUUUCGUAUGAAACUGGAGCAUUUGGAAGGAAAUUCAAAUAGAAAACAAUGCAUUUUGUUUUUAGAAUGCCUACCCACUAAAGAUAAUUUUGCAAUCUUACUAUCUACUAUGAACCAAAUGGUGCUGUUCUAUGUUUUUAAGAGAAUUUUUUUGGUUGUAAAAAUACUUUGGAAUAAAAGAAAUGGUUCAAUUACGAUCAAUUAGUUGCAAAUUUCCAGAAAAAAAAAAUCGGUUGUCUGCAAUGUCGGUUUACUGACGAUAAUUGAACGUGACAACGUCAUAA